AUGUACGGAUUAUACCUUUGCGACAUUUGUGUGUCGCGAUUAAUGAUAAAUAAGGAGGUGUACAAGGAUACAGAUGGGUCGAAGCUCGUGGCGAAAGUGGUCUUCAUUAAUUUCCCAGCCACUGAGAUCGUCGAACGCAAUCGAUACGUUAAAGACGAAAUCAUUUACGUUUACGAGUUCAACAACGGCCAGUCUUUUCAUUUCUCAAUGCCGUGCGAGCAACUGGUCAGGAAGAUGAAGAGGAUCUUUUUAAACAUCGGCGUUUUCAGGGUGGACGAUAAUUUCCCUAUUUGUUCCGCUCAGUCUCGCGCCAGCGGUUGUGCUUGCGAUUUGGGGAAAAUUGGCGUGGAGGGUUCAACGCCGUUUGUAUUUAGAGGCCCGUUUGAACUCGUGGACACUGGCAACAAUUUCGCUGGCUAUUUAGAUCUCGACGUUACGGUUACAAAUUUGGGAAGAAGCGUUGUGACUCCGUAUGUCCUCGCGCCUAAUUGCUUCGUCUUCAAAAACCACCACGAUGGACAAGAAUACAAGUGCAGUACGAAGGAAUUAUCGAAACUAUCCCAAAGGACGAAUAAUUUAGCGGCUAUGGGAAAUCUCGUGAUGGACAAUCUGUUGGACACAUCUCCGCAUGGCAAUCUGAUGAAAGAUGUCGCUGGAAUUUCUUCGGUGGCUGAUCAACUUGCUCUAGGGAGUCCACCCCCUAAAUUACCACGGCCACCAUUGGUGGAUCCAACGUUGGUCACGCAUCUGCUCUGCAUGAGGGAGGCGGAAUGCGCUGUCUGUUCUAAGUUCACGCGAAUGUUAGCUAUUAUCCCGCCACGGACAGUCCGUUUUCGUCGAAGGGCAACAAUAAUUUCCUGA